AUGGACUGCAAGAAUUUGAAAGACCAAGAGAAAUUAGAGAGAAUAUGUCAGUCGACGACCAACCGGCGGCCACACAAUGAGACCCCAUCCCAAAAGACAGCAUGGCCUAGAUGGCAUGAAAGAGGCAAACAAAAGAGCAGCGUGGCCCUCGCUUGUGCCUGGGUGGUGGACCACCAGAUUGCUAUAUCGGCGAACCUCAUAUCAAUGCUUUUCUUCGUGCACAUAUUCUUUCCAUCGGCACGGCAUCACACACAAAAGUUCUUCCGCAUAUCGUACUACAACCCGCUAACUGGCAUGUUCGCGCUCGGAUGGGACGACAUCUUCUUCGUGUUUUACUGGAUCAUUGUGUUCAGCGGGCUGCGAUGUGCCGUAAUGGACUAUUUCCUUGCACCGUUGGCGUCGGCGCUGGGCAUCAAGAAGAAAAAGCCAAAAGUCAGAUUCGCGGAACAAGCAUGGCUUCUGCUGUACUACAGCAUUUCCUGGUCCGUCGGCAUGUACACCAUGUACACCUCGGACUAUUGGUUGGACCUGCGAGCAUUGUGGCGGAACUGGCCGGUUCGGGAGAUGGAAGGGCUGGCGAAAUGGUACUACCUGGUCCAGUUCGGCUUCUACCUUCAGCAAAUUGUCGUGGUCAACAUCGAGGAGCGCCGCAAGGAUUACCUCCAGAUGUUUGUCCACCACAUCAUCACCUGUUGUCUCAUCUUCACCUCAUACGGCUACCACCAGUAUCGGGUUGGCACGCUCAUCAUGUCCCUGAUGGACAUUGUGGACGUGAUCCUACCCUUGGCCAAAACCCUGAAGUAUCUGCACUUCAACGUUGCAUGUGACAUUGCGUUUGGCGUCUUCAUGGUUACCUGGUUCGUUACCCGACAUGUGCUGUACAUUGUGGUCUUGUACGGUAUUUAUGCCCACAUCCCACAGGAGAUUCGAUAUGGGUGCUACAAGGGAAGCGUGCUGGAUCUCCAGGGCCCACUGCCCAUCCCAGAUGAUUGGGACCACCUGACCCAACCGUUCCGUGACCCCGUCGGACUGGUGUGUUGGAACAACAAGAUCAAAUGGGCGUUUCUGCUCUCGCUGUUUGCAUUGCAAGUCGUGCUACUCGUGUGGUUCGCCGCCAUCAUUAGAGUCGCCUACAAAGUCAUCACUGGUCAAGGGGCCGAAGACGUCCGCUCAGACGACGAAGACGAUGAAGAAGAGGACGAAGACAACAACAUCCGAACUGCCAGGGCCCCUCAUAGCGCUCCCGAGAACAAAGCAAACAAUUACAUCGAUUCAGUCCAACUCUGCGUCGAGCCCCAUCACGAGACUGAAAUCCUCAGCACAGAUCCCACGUUCUCCUUAUCCAAUUCAAACAAGUCUUCUUCUCGUGCCGAGCUCGCCCGGUCGACCUCCUCGAGCAGCGGCCGGCGGAAGCUCAAGCCCGAAUCGGCCCACGCCUCGGGCGUCAAUCGACUUGCUGCAAGCAGUGAUCGCAAGGAACUCUUGGGCCGCAUCGGCUGUGAUAAAGGCACUGCUUCCGACUAG